ACAUACACACAGGAAGAAAGGGAAACGAGGAAAAGGAGGGAGGAGAACUUCAGAUCCCAACAUUUCCAUACUCAUUUUGUGGCUCAAUGGACAUCUAAUAGAAAAUGUAGUUACCAGACCAUGAAUUUCGGUUCUUAAUUGUUUUUAUUGGACUACAACUGUGUGUCAGCGAGGAUCCCAGUGAACCGGCUUCCUGUCGUGGCGCCUGCAAUUCCCAGGAUUCCGUGCGGCGCCAGAAGUGAACAUGUUGUACGCUCGUUACGCAACGUGGAUUCAAAGGUUGUGUACAUUGGUCGGAGCGAACACGCAGUGACUGUCUCCAGACCUCUUUAUAUACAGUCUAUGCUCCAGACUGUUUAUCAGCUCACCAGCCUCAGACUGACAGAGGAGCCUCACCAGUCCGUCACCAUGAGCUCCUAACGUCUGCAUGUCCACUCAUCACUAUGAGUGGUGCCGCACUGGCCGUGGUGGUCGUGGUGGUCUUCUUCUUGGCCCUCUACCUCCUCCAGCGCUAUGGAGACUUGCGGAAGCAGCAGCGUAUGGUGCUGUUCGGGACGCUGCUCUCCUGGUACCUCUGCUUCCUCAUCGUCUUCAUCCUCCCACUCGAUGUCAGCACGACCAUCUACAGGCAGUGUGUCCUGGACAAUUCAAACCACCCAACUAUUGUAGCUCAAGCAAGACGCACCAAUCAGACUGAAGACAUCUCAUCUCUUUCUCCAUCUGUAAGUGUACUGAAGGUGUGUGAGGAGCCUUGGAGUUAUAUUCCAGAUGGUGUCCUACCAGUGUUUUGGAGAGUUGUGUACUGGACCUCUCAGUUUCUAACUUGGCUGCUGUUGCCCUUCAUGCAGUCUUAUGCUCGGUCUGGAGCUUUCUCCAGAGUUGGGAAGAUUAAAACAGCUCUAAUUGAAAAUGCAGUCUACUAUGGCACCUACCUCCUGAUCUUCAUCUCUCUGCUCAUCUACGCGGCUGCUCAUCCUCAGUGGAAACUCACAUGGACGGACCUUCAGACCAUCGGUAUCACAGCUGCCAACACGUGGGGUCUCUUCCUUCUGGUGCUGUUGCUAGGCUACGGCCUGGUGGAGAUCCCGCGUUCUUAUUGGCUUUCGUCUUCCCUUGGUUACCUGCUGGCCAAGACUUACUUCAAAGCGGCAAAAAUGGUGACUGAGAAGGCAGAAGCUGAGGAGAACCUAGAAGAUGUUAUGGGGGAGGUGGCAGCUGUCCAUGAAUCUGUCAGGUACAACCACUCUCUCCGGAAGUGUGUGGACACCAUUUUGACAAAGUGUCCCCCUGAGUACCAAGAGGAAAUGGGAAGAAACGUGGAAAGCUCUGGUGUCCUUCCCACCAAAAGAGGAUUAAUUGGUCUUCAUAAAAAGGUUAUCACUGCAGUGCAGAGACACUGUCAGACUCAGGUUCAGUGUUCCAUCUUGUUAGACCAGGCUCUUUACCUGGAGGAUGUCGCUAAAAGCCAGAGCAGCCCAGUGCGAAACUUUGUGCACAGCUUCCCCUCAGCACAUGGCCACAGCUGGAUCCGCAGGUUCAUCUACACGCCCACUGUGGAGUGGUACUGGGAGUGUGUUUUGAGGCAGGUCGUCUACAGGCUGCUGGCUGUGCUUCUGUGCCUCCUCUCUGCAGCAGUGGUCUGGUCUGAGUGCACCUUCUUCAGCACACACCCUGUCCUCUCUCUCUUUGCCAUCUUUAUUCAGAUGGCUGAAAAACAAUACAACUACAUUUACAUUGAGGUGGCGUGCUUCAUCACUAUCUUCUUCCUGUGUGUGUGCGUCUACUCCACCGUGUUCAGGAUCCGAGUUUUCAACUACUAUUACCUGGUGCCACAUCACCAGACUGACGCCUACAGUCUGCAGUUUAGUGGCAUGUUGUUUUGUCGUCUCACUCCUCCUUUGUGCCUCAACUUUCUGGGCCUGAUUCACAUGGACUCUGCCGUCUCGCACCAGGACAGAAUACCGACUUCUUACACUUCUAUCAUGGGCUCUAUGCGUCUGCUUUCUUUCAUAUCAGAAGGGUUCUACAUCUAUUAUCCCAUGCUGGUCUUGCUGCUGUGCUUUGCCACUUUUUACAACCUGGGCUCUCGCUGUUUGAACCUCCUGGGCGUCUAUCAGUACAUUACUGACGAUGACUUGACCUCUGACCUGGUGGAUGAAGGCAGGGAACUCAUCAGAAGAGAGAGAAGGAAAAGACAGAAAGCUGAAGAUGGAGAAAAUCGAAGAUGGGCCUGGAGGGAGCAAUAUGGGGCCCAGGGGACAACUGGGCGGAGCCGAGCUGGUUACACUGAGUUAGAGGAUAACCAGAACAGCCCUGUGACUGAGAUCAAGAAAGGUGAUUUCACCUUCACCGGAAGAGAUGUAGAGACGGAGGAGCAACAGAGAGGUUUACUGCAAGACCACUCCAGUGAUGAAGGUUCCCCAAACAGAAGUAGAUCUACUGGAGGACGUUACCAGUCUCUGUCACCUUCUCGGAAAAAUGUCUUUGACGAUGUUUGACUAACCCGGACUGAGGACGUUGAGGAAAAGUAAAAAAAACUAGUACCUGCUGGAAAUAACAGUGACUGAUUUUUUUUUUCCCUGAAGAAAGUCAUGUAAAGGAUUUUAUCUCAGGAAAAAUGGAGGACACAAAUGUAUCUGGGAAAUGUUUGUAUUAUGAGGUAACAGAUUCUUAGAGGAUUUUAUAUCUGGAUUUUAUAACUGGUUGAAGAGAUGAAUUACUGUACAGAAAUAUUCCUCAACUAAAGCUUUAACCUUUUUGUGCUUAGCCAAACCUUUGUGAUAUUAACUUUUGGAGAGUUGUGUUUCAUAAGCAGAUGGAUAAGAUCCAUCCAGUCAUUAUCUACAUCACUUACCUGAGGGUCAGAGGGGGAAGAGAUGGCAUUCAAACUGGAAGGGGGGCAUUCACAGGAGUCACAUCCAGAGAGGAACAAAAGUUCCCUCUCACAGUCACACCUACAGCAAAUUUAUUUCUUAAAUGGAUUGUGUGAUGAGGCCUGAAGGAAGGAGGAAACCCACUCAAACACAGGAAGAACAUGCACAGUCCUCUCAGAGGGAACCACGGUGCAAGUUCAGAACCUAAAACGUGUUAUUCAUUUUGAAAGUUUUGUGUUCAUGGACUUAAUGUUGAGGAUCAUAUUUCUUUUACGAAUUUUGGGGUGAAUAUUUUGCCCAUUACCUUUAGCCUCUGUUGGAUUAUAAAUGACCUAAAAUGUGUGCACUUUAAGUACGUUUACUGUGGAUUAAAAAAAGGAAAGCAAAGAGCUUAUUCUUUGAAAAUAUACAUACACUGAAAAUACUGGUUUUAAAAAAAAAGACUAAGAUCCUGUAGAUACUGUAAUUGUGUUGUUGGAUUUUCAACUUAAACUUCCUCCUCGUGUCUUUCACUCUAUCUGUAUUUUUAAUGAAACAGAUGUUUUAUUCAAAGUUGAAGUUGAUUUUAAAGAUACUUGACUCAAAAAAAUUCAAUGUAAGAGGACAUUUUGUGAACGAUGUCAGGAGAGUUUACCUUUAUAACUGUGUCCGAGUGCUUACUUCAAAUAAAACAUGAGAAAAUGUCA